CCGGGACGUCACGACUCACGUCACGUCAUUUUUCGGGAGGCUAUGGAUUGUAUCGGCUGAAUUUGUUUUCGUAAAAUUAAACUAAAAAGUACUCAUUCUAACUUAUUUUUGUCGGCGUCAGUGUGUGAAAUAACUAUUUAUACGUGUAAUUAAAAUGUCAUAUUCAAAUAAGUAUACGUUUGCGGCACUGCCUAGGACGCAGCGCGGUACACCUUUAGUGCUGGGUGGAGAUCCUAAAGGGAAAAAUUUCCUUUACACAAAUGGCAAUUCAGUUAUUAUAAGGGACAUUGAGAAUCCAGCAAUAUCCGACGUGUACACUGAACACUCCUGUCAAGUGAAUGUAGCUAAAUACUCACCAAGCGGUUUCUAUAUUGCUUCCGGAGAUGUGUCAGGCAAGGUGAGGAUCUGGGACACGGUGAACAAGGAGCACAUCCUCAAGAAUGAGUUCCAGCCGAUCGGUGGACCGAUCAAGGACAUCGCGUGGAGUGCGGACAGCCAGAGAAUGGUCGUGGUCGGGGAAGGCAGAGAAAGAUUCGGGCACGUGUUCAUGGCGGAGACCGGCACGUCGGUGGGUGAGAUCAGCGGCCAGUCCAAGCCGAUCAACUCUGUGGACUUCCGCCCCAGCCGGCCCUUCCGCGUCGUCACCGCCUCGGAGGACAACACCAUCGCCGUGUUCGAGGGACCGCCCUUCAAGUUCAAGUGCACCAAGCAGGAUCACACUCGCUUCGCUCAAGCGGUCCGCUACAGUCCGGACGGCAGUCUCUUCGCCUCAGCGGGCUUCGACGGCAAGAUCUUCCUCUACGACGGCGCCACCUCGGAGCUGAAGGGAGAGAUCGGCUCUCCGGCCCACAAGGGCGGCGUGUACGGCAUAGCCUGGUCGCCGGACGGCAAGCAGUUGUUGUCGUGCUCCGGGGACAAGACGUGCGCGAUCUGGGACGUGGAGACCCGGGAGCGCGCCACCACCUUCAACAUGGGCGUCGCGGUCGAGAACCAGCAGGUGUCCUGUCUGUGGCAAGGGAAGCACCUCCUGUCCGUGUCUCUGUCCGGGGACAUCAACUACCUGGACGUGUCUGCGCCGGACACGCCGCAUCGGGUGCUGACCGGCCACAACAAGCCCAUCACGUGCCUUGCGCUGCGGGGCAAGGGGCUGUACACCGCCAGCCACGACGGCGCUGUCACUCUGUGGGAUGUCGAUACAGGCGAAGGUCGCCGGGUCGGGGGUCAGGGGCACGGGAACCAGGUCAACGGCAUGCGGACCGGCAAAGACGGGACACUGCUCACUUGCGGCAUCGACGACACCUUGCGCAGGGCCGUGGCCAGCGCCGAAGGCGAGGUGCCGUCGUACACGAGCGACGCGACGCCGUUGGGCGCGCAGCCGAGGGCGUUGGACCACCUCGCUGACGAGGACCUCACCAUCGUGGCCACAGUUAAAGAGCUAGCAGUGAUCGUCGGCACCAGCAAGCAAUCCACGCUGCCAAUCAAUUACGAACCCAGCUGCGUUACGAUUGACCCCAAAUCCAAACAUGUAGCCGUUGGUGGUGCUGACAGCAAAGUCCACAUAUACUCCCUCCAAGGGACCUCGCUCACCCCGGUCACAGAGCUGACCCACCUUGGAGCCAUCACUGAUGCGCGGUACAGCCCCGACUCCACCUACCUGGUCGCCUGCGACUCUAACAGGAAGCUUAUCCUGUACACCACAGAAGAAUAUAAGCUGGCGCACAACAAGGAGUGGGGCUUUCACACGGCGCGCGUCAACUGUGUCGCGUGGAGCCCCAACGGGUUGCGGGUGGCUUCCGGCUCGCUCGACACCAGCAUCAUCGUGUGGAGCGUGCAGCAGCCAGCCAAGCACGUCGCUGUAAAAAACGCGCACCCUCAGAGCCAGAUCACCGGCCUGGCCUGGGUGGACGACGAGACCCUGUCGUCAGUGGGGCAGGACGCCAACACGCGUAUAUGGAGCCUGCCAACUUCUUAGAUAUUCGUUUAUCAUAUAACUAUUUCAUAAUAUUCACAAGAAAUCCAGUUACUUUACGAUAUGUACACGGGAACUUUACAGUAGUAUGCCCCUUUUUUAACGGCCCUUGGGAUUUUUUCACGACUUGGACUGCAUCGCCACUUACCACCAGGUGAGAUUGCAGUCUAGCCGCAAUCCAAUAUAAAGAAAAUAAAGGCUUUAUUAAAGCUGCACACUACUUGAAGUCUUUGUAAACCAUUAGCCGCAUAACGAAAUAAAUCGUAAAGUGACACGAUUCCUUAAAGAGUUUAAACUCAGAGUUUUAUAAGCCUAUAUAAUAUAUACUAACAUAUUUAUUUUGCUUACACGUUAAGUUACUUUUAACCGUUUGUACGCGAUACUAACAUAUCGAAUCGAAAGCAUUUUUUAAAAAGUGAAACUCCUUUAGGAACAGGGCAAACCUUAUUGGUAGUGAAAAGCACUUAAGACGCUGUACGACAGUGGGUCUUGGUGACUUUUAAUUUAUUUAUGAAUAUAUACACAGAGAAGUUUCACUAAUGUGUACGCAAAUAACUUUUCGUUAGCGUACAUUUUUUUAAAACAUUGUAUUUAAAGUCAAAGUGUAUUUAAAAGUAGUUCUCUUGAAGUCUGACCGCUCAUUGGCUAAAAUAGCUUAAGCCACUUUUUGAUUGUAUUUUUCUCGGACUGGCAACUUGUACGGUUAAUUAAAUGGUGCCAGCAACGUCGUGCGCAAGUCAGCCCGAAACAGUUAUCUGGCUGGUUUAUCUUAAAGAUAACUCGCACUAAUUAGCGUAGUUUAUUAUAAAGUUAACAACAAAUUUUAGCGACUGAGCGGCUAACUUUAUUGAUGCAAAAAUUUUGUACUGUAUGAUACUGUAAUUUUAUAGUCUAUAUAUUCUAUGUCGGUGCGCAUGACCGAUUUUUUAACAAUCGGUCUGUUUUCUUAGUCGGUAAUUUCAAAAGUUAUCGUGUAACAUCAACACGAAAAGUAAUUUUAGUAAUUUACUAACAUUAUUUAAAAAUAUAUUCAUUUUUAUUUUUAUUUGAAAUCCGCUUGUAUUGAAAAUCAGAUGGCAGUUGUGUCAAACAUGUAAUUUAACUUGGGUUUCACUUAUCGCAACUCUUUUUAUAAUAAAAAAUUCUUAAAAUCGCAUAUGUUUCCAAUAAAUUAUUUUAUCUAUUGCUAAAUCAAUAUGAUGAUGACUUUUAUAGAACUGGCCAAUGCUGGACUAAAAGUCUCUCCCUUAGUCGCCUCGUAUACAUCCUAAGAGAAUGGUGACAAACUGUAUCCUAAUCUGCCGUCACUCAUAUUAAAUAAAUGAAUUAAAACAUCGGUCAUACGCACCUACGAAUGAAGCUUAAAGUAUUUGCAAUAUUGGAUAUGUCCUAUCGUUAAAUACCUAUUGAGUAUUGAUAUAAUUAAUAUUAUACUAAGUAUAAAAAUAAACGAUUUUGUAUGAGAUUUAGAUUGUAUCUAAUUAUAUUUAUUAGGUUACGACAUAGACUAAAGGAGAAUGAUAGACGGGAAAAAUAAUAAUAUAAUACGGGAUAAAGCGGCCUCUAAAAGAAUCCUAUUGCAUAUUUUGUUUAUAUCUCAUAAUAUGGAAUAUCACGUUUUUUACUAAACAACAUAACAUAUUUUAUAACUCAUCGAAUUCAAUUAUUAAAAUUUUUAGUUGCGUUUUGUAUAUAUUAUACGCCUUUUAAUGGCAAACUUAAUGAAAUCAAUAGCUGAUUGACCUAAGAAUUAGGAAAGAUCAGAUUAACAACCAAUUAACAGCCCACUAUAGGGCACGGGUCUUCUCUUAAAAUGAGGCUGUAGUCCACGAAUUGUGGAUCGGUAAAAAAGUUUUGCAAAGUUCUUAUUUUUCCUGGAGAUGUAAGAGAAGGCAAAAAAAUGGUGAUGUUCAAAUUUGCGUUCUGAAUCUAUUCAAAGACUUCCUGUGAAGUGUUUUUUAUUAUAUUAUGCGCCCAGCGAUUUGAACAAUGUUAGUCUCAGUCACACCGAAUGAUCUUAUUUGACGUAUCAUUAUUUAACUGGUUUUAAUCUGACAAAGAGUAUCCCGUCUAUCAUUUGCAUUUAGUCUGUGGCCAAAGUGUGAAACGCAUUUAAGCUUGUCCUAUUAUUGUAACUAAAAUCAUGAGAAUAACUAAAUGUAGAGUGUAAUCUGUUUUAAGCACCAAAACAUAAUUAUUAGGUUAUGGUUUGCCACUUACUAUCACGUGCACCAUUUGCUGAGUGCAUCAUAUUGACUUACUUAUUUAUUUUAUAUAUUAUUAUAAAAAAAAUGACUCCCCAUAUAUCCGGUUUUUUUUUUUGAUUUUUUAAUUUACUGCAAUCUCUCCCGAUGGCAGAAGUAUAGAAAAAAGACUUUAAACCGAGACUUCUCUAUACACGUUUUAGUUAUUCUCAUGCUGAAACUCAGAUCGUAGCUCGCUAAGAACAAAAUUAAAACUUCGGAGUCUGUAUUUUUGUACGACCUUAUUUUCUAAUGGAUUUUGUCGUUUUUUUUUACAUGGUUUCUACUAAAAUUAUAGUUGUUUAAGUGAUAAAAUGAAUAAAUUGUGUACACUUGUAUA